GUCACCUUUGCCAAAUUAUCAAAGGUCUAGCUGAUCAUGUGGUGUCAUUAGCUACAGAAACCACGUCCCACUUCCUAUUUAUUAACAUUAACAAGCAAUGGAAGGGGGCAGGGAAUUGUCUGGUGUUGAUAAGUUGAUUGAUGGUUGAUAACAGUUGAUUAGUAUUGCGACCAGUGUAGUGGUGGUGGCGGUUCGGCGACACAAUUCUAUGAAUAAAAAUAAAAACCUCAAGAAAUAUCUGAGUGAUGCAGUGAUGCUCGACAGUGAUUCCCAGUCAUAGUCCAUGUUUGUUCACUGCCGCGAACGGAUAAAGUGGUGAUAACGGCAGUGUACACUUGUACACAUUCUGUUGACUUUUUUAUAUAUUGUGUCGACGAAGAAAGUGCAGAAAAUUGCAUUGUCUAUGAUUGCUGAACAUUUAAUUUUGUUACCUUUUGUCAUUAGUAGUAGCAAAAACACUCAGACUAGAAAUGUGUUGGUAAUACCAUAAUUUCAGCCCAUUUGGAUCAAGAAAAAAUCAAUGAAAAAUGAAUUAAUCGUUUGUUAUUGACUUGAUGAGUAUAAUGCUGAACCUUUGGAUAAUUUCUGCACUAGGCAUUUUAAACGUUCGCGCUGAAGAAUAUAUCCUUUGCGCGAAUUCUGUGGGUUCUAUCGCACAUAUUUCAGAGGAUGGCGCCCCAGAAAACAUACCCGCAGAGUCUUAUCAGAAGUGCAAAAGCAAAAAUAAUGAAACUAGCAACUAUUGCUACACUCUGUGGACAGAAGAUCCUACCAAAAAUGGUACCAGGGAAAUAUUGGGGCAAGGUUGUUGGGAACAAUCCGGAAAACCGAAUGAAUGCGAUCGCUCAGAAUGCUUGGCGGACAAGAAACCACCAAAAGCUAUGAACCACACUAAAUUCUGUUGUUGCUCACUAAGUCGAUGCAACGUAAACUUCACCGACGCCUACGUGCCCGACGAUGACCAAGUACCCGUGCUGGACAUCUCUUCGUACCAACACGGCUCGCUGGAACAACAGCCGGUGCUGUACGUUGCCGUGGCGGUACUGUUUUCCGCUUUUGUGGCGGGAAUGGCGGCCGCACUUUACCUAUGUUGGAGGAUGAGGCCGCCCAAAAAGGGCGGAGAUACGGAAGCGGGUGGCGGGCAUCAGCAAGUACCGCCCCCCGAGGAUUACAGUUUGGAUCGGUUGAAGUUGCUUGACGUUAUAGGCCAAGGAAUGUAUGGUAGUGUUUGGAGAGGCCAGAUUGACGACCAGGUUAUCGCAGUCAAACGUUUUCCUGCACAUCACAAAAAUUAUUUUCUUAAUGAGCAUGAAAUGUACAAGGCAUCUGGGGACCAUCCAGCACUUCUGAAAUGCUACGGUGGAGGAGAAUAUUCUAUGGAACCUGGGGCACCAACUGAUUAUCUUUUAUUGCUGAGCUUAGAGCAAGAAUGUUUGCAAGAUUAUUUGCGGGAACAUGUUCUGGACCUUACUACAUUAAGCAAAAUGUGUUUAGGUAUCGCAAAAGGGCUGGCCCAUUUGCACUCUGAUUUGGGUAAACCCUGCAUCUCGCAUAGGGACAUAAACACAAGGAAUAUUUUAGUUAGAGCCGACUUAACAUGCUGUAUUUGUGAUCUUGGAUUGGCCGUCAUACCAAAGAGAGCCGAAAACAAGUCAAUUAGCGAGGCAGGUACCCUGCGCUACAUGGCGCCUGAAGUGUUAGAAGGUGCAGUCAACCUUCGUGACUGUGAAUCUGCUUUGAAGCAAAUAGAUGUUUACGCACUUGGCCUGGUACUUUGGGAAGCGGGUAGUCGAUGUUCGUGCUCUCAACGGGGCGAACCUCCGGCAUAUGCUCCUCCAUUCCAUAGAGAAGCCGGCGAUUCGCCCACAUUAGAAAAGAUGCAAGCGUUAGUAAGUAGAAGGAAAGCCAGGCCUCUUUGGCCGCCAGGCUGGAGACACGAUUCCGCUGCAGCUAGAGUGAUAGCCGAGACUGCAGAAGAUUGUUGGGACCAGGAUGCUGAAGCUCGUUUGACGGCAUUGUGUGUAGUAGAAAGACUGUUAGAACUGCCUUCCCUCAAAGGUCGUGGUGCUCUUCACCCUUUGCAUCAUCCUCCGGCGAGUCCUACACCAUUGAUCAAUAACAACCAUCUACAUGAUCGCACACAAACUGAUGCUUCUGUUAAUACGGUAGAAACGUUGUUAUCUCCAUCUGAAGAAAAUUGUAAAAAUUCAAACCAGUUGGCUGCAUGUGUGACCCCUUUACAACCAUACCAGGGACGGAAUCCAUGUCUGGAAAGAAAUUUGAUGUCAGGUUCCAGUGAUAGCCUCUUAAUUGAUAAAUCGUCAAAACACUGUACCAGCGGAGCAGAAGAGGAAAAUCUUAUUACAAACGAUUUUUUGAAUUUCCAAAUCAAUCAUAGGGCAACACCUAUUCCUUAUGUACAAAAUGCAGUUCAUGGAUUUCCAAAACAGCAGAAUACGAAUGACAUUAUUCAAGUGCCUAAAAGAGAAAAAUUUAAAUGGAGUGGACUGAAAAAGCUAUUUAACUCAAAGAAACAUGCAGUCAAUGCAAAUGUAUGCAAAGAAACACAGGUAAAACUGAACACUAAGAUUGUGAACGGCUUCGGAAAAAACGGGGUAACUACGUCUUUACUGUUCGAAGAAAACGAAAUUAAAAGGCCUCUUACUUUAGCCCUCAAAGAGGUAAAAACAAAAGAACCAAAUAAUUGUGGAAUUUCUCAAAUAAUAAAAAGGAAGGACAGCCUCUCAGGGCAACGGUCUCUGGAGCAGUUCAAUGAGGUGUUUUCUUCAACUAGCGACCUCUCAAGACUGAAAGAUCCAGCAGCUAGGGUGAAAACUCCUGGAGAUGUUCCACCUAGCGUAAGGAGAACCAGAGGAAAGGCUGCCGUUAGUUCAGCUCGAUUCUCAUUGUAUGAUGAUCGAAUGAUGUGCAGGGGACAAUGGGGCAGUGCACCUGACCUAGAUCCUCCGCCAAUGAGUGAUGUGCAAGACAAAGAUAGCGUGAGUAGUUUUUAAGGUGUUAUUGAUUUCCAAAAUCAGUUGCUUCAGAACGUGCAUUUAAGUUGUUGAUCAUGUAAUGUGCUGAUCUCUUAAUCAAUUUGGAACACAAACAUUAGGUAUCACAAGAAUCUGUGACAGCACAUGUUUUUUGAAACCAGUACAGAAAAAAUCUGAACAAGCUCAAAUAAAAAGGAUUAUCAGAAAAUUUUAAUAAUUCGCUGUCUCCAAAAUUAUUUGUUUAAAGAAAUAGUGUUCUGAAGCUUAUAUGCUUUUUUGUGAUAUUUUUCUGUUCAAUGUCAACUAAAAUUUUUUUAAUUCCGUAACAUUUUUGAUGGGAAACGACUUCCAGCUAGCAGGAUUUCAGGAUUAGUAUAUAACUGAGAAGUGAAUUGCAAUGUUUUUUUCCAAAACUCCAACAUUCAUUUCGGGGCGCAAUGGUUCUGAAGCAGUUGACGGUCAUUUAGAGUGAAUGACGCUGAGUUGUGGUUAAAUGUCCGAUCAAAUCUUGGAUAUGUAUUUUCUGUUACAAAUACUACCCCUUGAUACAGCUUUAAUUGUAAUAGGUACGUUUAGCCUUAAUUGCAGUUGUCAAAUGUACCCAUAUACUGAACUACUUCUGAUAAGCAUAAAUAAUGAUACAGUCGAUUAAGGAAAUAAUUUUUAGUAUUCCUUCAAUCGGAUAUAUUUAAAUGUCUCGAUAAAGUACCCAUUAAUUUUUCAACUAAAAGCUGUAAUUAUUUUUAUUUCAAAUUAGAACAGGGGUGUAUGUGGCGUAUUUACUUUAAAAAAAGUGUCAUUCCAAUAUUAGUCCUAACACAUUAACGUAAUAUGGCAUGCUUAUGAAAAUAUUAUGUUGAGAAUGCUCUUUUGUUUCUCUGUAAAAAUUGGAGUGUUUAUAAUUUUUUACGUACUCAGUUGUACUGUCAACAUGCAUCGAUAUACCAAAUUUCAAUGACUUUUGUAACAUUGUUUUUAGACUAAAAUAAAUAAUAUCCGUACCUUAUUUUAUAAGUAUUUUAAAGCAACUGUCACUUGCUAUGCAAUACAAUAUAGGGUGGCAAUCUAUUUAGAGUAUACCGAACUUGAUAAUAUUCAGUAAUGUUAAACACUGCUUUUCAGAAAUGCCGUCUCCCCUCCUUAUUUUUAGAUCGUGAUGAUUUAACGAGCUGAAAUUCUGGAUGAGUAAAUUUGCGCGUAAAUGCGUAAAAAUAACAGAUGCUUCUCAGCACCCUAGAGUAUAAAAUCAUACUCUUUGAAAAUGGGUGGCCUGGCAGGCUGUCAAAAUUGAGCGUUUUUGUACAUUGAAUCGCUUACUCAACAACAAAAUUCCUGGUAUGUGACAUCAAUCUUCUUCUAAUGGAAUGUGCAAUAAACUAUAUGGACCUUCAAUCAAAAAAAAUUGACAGGUUUUGUAUGGUUUUCGAUGAAAUGUAUCAAAUUCUAUAUUAUAUUCAGAUAGCCACAUCCAAGAGCAUAAGAUUGAUAUAGCAUACUACAGCGUUUUGUUGGUUUGUUUGUUGUAUUAUGUCACACAAUUUACAAAAACCCUAAACCCUGACAGCCUGCCAGAUCGUCAUUUUGAAAGAUAUUAAUUUUAUCUUCUAGGGUUAUAAAGUACCCAUAAGGAGCUACAAAAUUAUGUAUCACUCGAACCCUCAUUCUACUUAAAACAUGUUCCAAAUUGGCGUCCAGCCGCCAUGCUGAAAUAAAUUUCCAGCAGCCUUAUUAUGCUGAAACAUAGUAUCCAUGAGUCAAUUGCAUUACCCCACAUUUCAGCUUUCUAAGUUGAUCCGUUCAAAAAAUAAUGGGGGGGGGGGGGGGGGGGUGAAAACCACUAUGUAAUUCAAACAUUCCUUAAAGGUGGCUCGUUUAUAAAAUGUUCUUGAUAGAACUCCAAAACCACUUGUUUGCUAAAAUUCAUCGACUAACCAUAUUUUUAGAAAUAAAUAAACAGAUAAGCCCUGUACAUAUGGAUCGGAUUUAUGCACAACAUACCUAACAUUCAUCGUCUAUAUGAUGAUCCACCGCAUUUGCACUAUCUCUAUUGAGUUUUACUUCCAUUUUUUAUGUGUACGUUGGAACAAUAGUACAUUACAUGCUUAGUUUUAGAAGUGAACCUUUAUUGGAUGAGCAGUAAUAGAAGUAUAUAAUACGCCAGCCAAAUAAAUAGUCUUUUUAAGCCAGGUAUGUAUAGAGUUUUUCUCACUACUGACGGGGGGUGCCAAUAGUAUACAUGAGUUUGUACCCUGCUUUGAGCGCCAUCUAAAGAGAGUGACUCCGACUAACUGCAUUAAACAUGCGUAGUGACAUCACCGUUUGAAACGUAAAGAGCAUUAUUGUUAAUUGUAAUGAGUAGAAGUAUCAAAAAAUAUCAGGCCAAAGGCUGUUUCCAAAAACAGAAAGCUCUCUUGUGUGUAAAAUCUGUGAAACAGAAUCAAGCAAGACUUAUGUAAGAAAAAAGAGGGUAUAGUGUUGUUUCGGGCAGUAGAAAAAAUUAUAGUUUCACAACUCUAAAAGGUAUUUUUUGAUGGUACAUUGUUCUGUAUAUGUAAUAGAAAGAGUUCGCUAUGCAAGCUGCCCAUAGCUAAUCAAACAGCAGAAGAUACAGAAGAGGUCCAGAAAGUGGUCGUCAUGAAUGUUUGCGGUCAGAUAACGUCUGAUACUGGAAGAGAGUUUAAAUAGCAAUAUUUAAGUAAUAAUACUGUAAGCACAUGUAACAUGAAAUGAAGUGUGCAUAUACAGUUUAGUAGCAGCACUUUAAAGUUUAAUGGAAGACUAGCAUUUUCUAUGUGUGUUAUCUUAGUAACAAUAUUUUUUUGAAUUUUCAGCACAAGUUUCUUGCCCCUAUCCUUGAAACCAGGGAUUAUGUCCAGCAAAAAUGGUAAAAAACUUCUGUUCAAAAUUCAGAAAUAAUUGGAACCAAUAAUAGUGUAAAAUGGUAGCAUACAUAUAAUGCAUCGUACUGGUAAUAGAGGGCACGAAAGUGGUUAGAUAGUGUUAUUUCUUGUAAAGAAAAUUAUCCCUUAUAGUGGCUUAGUUGGAGUUACCUUAUUUAGAUGACGUUGCCACAGGUGGUACUAGAGAGUAGUUAAGAGAGUAUUAUCUGUAGUGUACCAAUAACCUGUGCUAUAUAACAUAAAAUAUUCAAAUGUUAUGUUUGUUGGCAAACUGAAAUUGGUAGUGAAAAAAAUGUGAUACUCGCAUAAUAACUUGACGUAUUGGUCUUGUUGAUAAAAUUUCUCAAAUAUAUCACAAAAAUUUAAGGGAUUUUUCCCUGGACCAUAUUCAGCAUAUUGUAUUUUUUGAUGCUUCUCAGCUUAGUCUUUGCUUCUGAGAUGCAGGCAGAAAGCGCCUUUUAAUAGAAAAAAGUGAGAACUACUCAAAAACAUUAAUUUUGUAUAACUUGAUGGAGAUAGUGAUAAUGUGCCAAUGCCUUAUACCUCACACUAUUAAUAGCAGUUGUUUCCUCUUAGCUCAAAUGCAACAGUUGAACAUAGUGAGAUACCAAAUUUCAAAGCUUAGCGCAAAUAUAAUUGGUUAAAUAAUCAUAUAAGAGUAUACUAAAACUGUAGGUGUUUAUAAAUUUAUAUGAAAAUAUUUAGGAUAUGAUCGCACUAUAAAUGUAAUGAUUUAAUCGAUUCCCUGAGCUAGUGAACUGUCAAAAUUUGUAUAUUCUUUUUGUUCUUCAUAUACUGUCGAUUAUCUAAGAUUCUUCAAUAACGGAUAACAGCUGUUUAUCAAGUGACAUUCAAAUCACCUCAUCUCGUGAAGUGACACAUAGCUCUGAUGGCGACACACAAACUCAUACGCAUCUAUAGACAGAAUCGUAUUAAAAGAGGAGGGUGACCGUAUUUUAUUGUGGCGUCUUGUACUGAUUCAUAUUUCCUAAGAACAAUUUUAUGUGAUUCCAUCUAUUUUUCUAUGUGUAAUUUGUAUAUUUUAUUGUCAAAAUUCCCAGCAAGUGCAAGUAUGAAUGGAAAAAUCAAUUUUCAUUAGUGUUUGGUGUAAGUAGUUGUGAAUACGGUCCUAAGUUUCAACAGUUUCACUAUUGCCAGCAGCACGAGCUGAACUCAAAGGUCUUACUUGCUAAUUAGCUGUUUACCUCAAUAGACGUCAAAACGUGAAAUGUCGCGAAAAAUGGGUUACUAAAUUCGAGUAAAUGUUUUUUUGUCAAUAAAACAUAGUCACAUGCUUUUAUUUCUUCCAUAUGUCAGGAGAGUAUAGUAUUUAAUAGAAAUAUUGCUACCGCAAUUGUUUAUUUUGAGUAUACUUUGAUUCUGACCAUAAUACUAAAUUCCAGAAGAUAGAUUUUGCUAUGGUGAAAUAUGCUGAAAAUGUAAUGAAAAUUAUUUUUAUUGGAAAAUCUCACGAUUAUUUAAAAAAUAGGCGAUAAAAUUGGUCCACUAACUUCUGGAAUCGUGCGCGCAAAAUAUUAUUUCUUAAAGAAAUUACUUAUACUAGGUAUACUCCAAGAUAUGUAUGUUUGUGAUUUUUUCGAUUUAAAAUCGUAUUAAUUUUAUUUUAAGCUUAUUCAAUAUUCUUUGGCUGUGUAAUUUUACUUUUUGUAACAGACUUGGUCCCAGAUGAAUAUUUUGUAAAUACAAUUCACUGGGAAAUAAAUUACACCAAAUUUGUAUUUCAAUUAAAUAAAAAUGCUGAAGCAGU